AUGGAUCAGCGGGCGGGGCAGAAGGAGGCGCACAGCUCCGAGGAUUCGUCGGAUAAUCGGCGCAAAGACGACGUCGACGCGGCGGCGGAGGGGCCGGGCAUGAACAACCACGGAGAGUCCAUGGAUCAUCAGCGCGACGACGGGUACGAAGAAGCGGAGGAGGAGACCGCGGGUGUGCUCAAGGAGGUCGAGGUGGUGGUGGUCGGCGGCUCUGAAGAAGCCUCGGCGCCGCCGCUCCUCGCGCACCCAUGGAGGUGCUCGCUGCUCCAGCUCCUGCUCCGCGCCUGCGCCGGCUGCCUGGGCCUGCGCGGCUACUGCAGCGACGACGACGACCCGAAGCCGGCUGCCGCCACCGGUACCGACGUCGUUGCUGCGCCUGGAGCGGCGGCGGCUGCCGCGGAGUCGCCGCAGGAAGGAGAUCAUCAGGGCAACGGCGACAAGGCGGCUAGCGAGGUGGUCACUCAGGUGUGGGCAGUGAGGAGGAGGCCGUCGCCGCCCGGCCGUCUGAUAGAAGGUUCCGGUGGCAAUGGAGGGAGCCACCACUAG